AUGCCCCGCGGAAGAAGAGGAUUACAAAGAGGAUAUCGUGGUAGAGGCCGUGGUCGCGCAAGGACACCUCCCCCUACUGCCGAAGAAUUUCGAGCCCAAGUCGCAGAUUGGGAGCGAUGGGCGCACGGCUUUGAGCCUGCCUUACCCCCUCACCUCCGUAUCGCCCAUCUUCAUCAGCGCCCAGUCACACUUGAGGUUGCCAUGGCCGGUAACUUUCGCACGCGACCCCUUGAAACAGAAGACAUGCGGACUAUUUGCCAGCUGCACAGACUUAUACGUCCUCGCCGCAACACUGAAUUUGGCCGUCGAGAGACCAUCGAAGCCCUGACUUCAGCGCUGCGACAGCGAUUUGGAGAUAAUGGCGGCGUGGAUUUUCCUGGCCUGACCAGACGCGACAUAGCCAGAGCACGAGACGAUCAGGGUGAGCCGCUCCAUGAUGACCAGCGAGAUCACGGGGAUAGCGAGGAACUGAGUGAGCCGCUCAGGAACGGGGCUACAAAUAGCGAAGAGCAAUCAAGCUCUACCGUUGCGCCGGGAUCAACCAGUCCUGAUGAGCCGCUUCGAAAUAGAGCCACAGAAAGCGAGCAGCAAUCAAGCUCUACCCUUGAGCGGGAAUCAUACAGUCCCGUAGCCCAGAAAGAGUCUAGCGACGAUUCAAGUUAUCAUGAAGAUGAAGAGGAUUAUGACUAG